AUGUGGCUCCCGUGGCUCCUCUUCUUCACCGUGGAGGCCAUCGAGGUUUCCGUUGGACCCCAAGGGCCCCAGGGUGAGAUCUCAUUGCUUCAACGACACAUGGCAACGAGCUCCAUUCGGCCAACACAGCUUUUGGCCUACUACAUCAACGUGGAUACGGAGGUGGAACGACGGAAACACAUGGAGGCGCAGGCAAGAGCAGCAGGCCUGCCUUUGUUGAGAUUUGAAGCGAUCAGUCAAGAACGGAUCAAGUCGGGCAAGUUUGACCAGAAGUAUGUAUUGAAGCAGAAACUGUCCAGUGAGCUCUUGAAUCCUGCUCAUGGGGACCACUUAGUGAAUGCCACUGUGGCCUGUUAUGUGAGUCACAACGAGCUGCUGGAGGAGCUUCAAAGGGUGCUGCAACCGAAUCAGAUCGGUUUGGUCCUCGAGGAUGACGUAGAGAUCCCGCACAAUUGGGCAGAGCUGAUCGACAACACCUUAUCCUGUGCACCAAGUGAUUGGUCCCUACUGAAGGUAUCCGGCUGGGGCUACUCUCGCCCGGCAGACCUGCAGGAAAAACACGAGACAGGAGGUAUUGUGAUGAACCAGACCAGCAUGGCUCUUCUUUCCUGGCUGCAGAGUCAGGGUGGCUGGAUGUCCCGGAUCCUUUACGGUGCACCCGCCAAAAGCGGAAGCAUCAGGAAAAACAUCACCCAGAGAACCGCGCUGCUCCAAGUGGCUGCACAGGCCUUUGCGGGCCGGCGGACUUUGGUGGAUCAGUUAAAGAAGACCCUGGAUCAAGUGUCUCCCACCAUCGACGACAUCGGCGACAUGGAUGACGGCCAAGACGACCUUGAGGAGGGUCGGUGUCCUGACGCCUAUCUCAUGCGGCGACCCUUCAAGGAAACCUUUUGGUGGCACUUUUGGGGGCCCGCCUUCCACUAUGCGGGCACUGGAGCCUACUUGGUGAAGGCAUCUUCCAUCCCAGCAGUGCUGACUCACCUUCGAUCGCAACCCAUCAACGACGUGGAUGGGAUGCUCCUCUCUCAGGGCGAUCUACGCGCCUACGAGCUGUGGCCACACAUUUUUCCACUGGACGGAGAUCACAUGAGUUCCACCAUGCAGGAUCCCAGGAGGAACCGCACUGGAGCUGGACUUUUUGCAAAACUUUCGCACCUUUUCCCCGGAGGUGAAGAAGGCAAAGAAGAUGAAACAGGACAAAGGGGAAAGAAAGGCAAACCGGAACAAAG